CACAGACGUGGAGUUUUGUAGCAUAGACUUUGUAUUGACUGCAGGGCUGUUGGCCUCUCUUUCUUCAUUUCUCUCUUAAAGAGAACCAGCAGGAAUAUAAAGCAGCCCUCUAGACCGCUUGUUGGAGGGAACUGAGCAAACUUUUCUCCCACACCAUAAAUACGGCAAGUGGCACUGUAAAAAAUAAAAAAUGAGUGACCUGCUGGAGGAGGGCUCUUUCAUGUUCACUUCGGAGUCCGUAGGAGAGGGACAUCCAGACAAGAUUUGUGACCAGAUCAGUGAUGCUGUCCUAGACGCUCACCUGAAGCAGGACCCAGAUGCCAAAGUGGCCUGUGAGACCGUCUGUAAGACUGGCAUGGUGCUGCUCUGCGGAGAGAUCACAUCUCGGGCCAACGUGGACUACCAGAAGGUGGUGAGGGAAGCCAUCAAACACAUCGGCUACGACAACUCUGACAAAGGUUUUGACUAUAAGACGUGUAAUGUGCUGGUGGCUCUGGAGCAGCAGAGUCCUGACAUUGCUCAGGGGGUGCACGUUGACAGAGCGGAGGAGGACAUUGGAGCCGGAGACCAGGGUCUGAUGUUCGGCUACGCCACAGAUGAGACGGAGGAGUGCAUGCCUCUCACCAUCGUCUUAGCCCACAGACUAAACUCAAAGAUGGCUGAACUCAGACGCAGUGGAUCCAUCCCCUGGUUGCGUCCGGACUCUAAAACACAGGUGACAGUGCAUUACGACCAAAAGGACGGAGCUGUGAUCCCCAAGAGAGUUCAUACCAUUGUGAUCUCUGUCCAGCAUGAUGACUGCAUCUCUCUGGAGGAGCAGAAGAGAGUCCUCAAGGAGAAGGUGAUCAAAGCCGUGGUUCCUGCUAAAUAUUUGGAUGACAAGACCAUCUACCACCUCCAGCCCAGCGGUCGCUUCGUCAUUGGAGGACCUCAGGGUGAUGCUGGUGUGACAGGCAGGAAGAUCAUCGUAGACACAUACGGAGGGUGGGGAGCCCACGGUGGCGGAGCUUUCUCUGGCAAAGACUUCUCAAAGGUGGACCGCUCCGCUGCCUACGCUGCUCGCUGGGUGGCCAAGUCUCUGGUCAAAGCCAAUCUGUGCAGGAGAGUUCUGGUUCAGGUGUCUUAUGCAAUCGGAGUGGCCCAACCUCUGUCUAUCUCCUUGUUCACCUACGGUUCAUCCCAGAAAUCAGAGUCAGACCUUCUCCAGAUUGUCAACAAGAACUUUGAUCUGCGGCCAGGAGUCAUCGUCAGGGAACUGAACCUGAAGAGGCCCAUCUACCAGCAGACAGCCUCUUAUGGCCACUUUGGUCGACCAGAGUUUACUUGGGAGAUGCCCAAAAAGCUUGUCUAUUAAUUACUCCACCUGCGCGGCCUGAUCGACUCAUCUGGAGGCUGAACAAGAGGCUUCUCUGUGGGCUACAACUGCCAGCUCCGUUAACUGAUAAGACAUUUUUUAAUAGGAAGAAGUAAAGCCAAAGCUUUAGGCAUGAGUCAGCUUUAAAGAGGUGAGAAGAUAAUUAUAUGCAGGAGUGGUUGUAGCCAACGGACGUAUAGUCUAAUGGGACUCUCUCCCAACGAGAGCAGAGACAUUGCAGAGGACAUCUCAGUAACCAGUCCACCUCCUUCCUUCUUAAACAUCCAGUUAUUGGUGCUUAAGAAAUAUACGUACAAUCAUUAAACAGAGAUCUUCCCUGGUAACUUAAAGGAACACUUUAACACUGAAAACUAUUCACUUAAGAUAAAUACUUCUUCCCCACUAGAAGCAGGAUUUUACCUCAAAGCUGUGAAUAUUCCUUUAAUUGACCAGUAUCAUGUACAGAAACAACCUCAGUGCUUAAUUUACUAUGGUUGCUAUUGACAACAGCAAGUAUUUCAUCAGUGACCAUCAAUGUCAAUGUCAUUUUUAGUCAACCAAAGGCUCAGCUUUAGAAGAAAUGGUAAUCUUUUUGUCAUGACCAGUGUUGGGCAAGUUACUCAGGAAGUGUAAUAAGUUACUUUUUACCUAUUACUCCUUUUAAAUGUAAUAACACUACUUUAGUUUAUGAAAUCCCUGCAAGCGUCUGAAGGUAGCAGGACACAGAUGUUAAUUAAUCCGUGUUUACCUCCAUGAAGUCACAUGAAAAGGAAACCAGGCUGCUACAGUAUAACGAUCAAGACAUCAACACACAUCAGACUGCUCGGUUAUAACUCAAUACUUUUUUAUAGAGGAGACUUCCGGUUACAAGAGCCAACAUAGACUCUUUUCAAACCAUUAGACCAGUGAUGCCCUAACUGGGGGAAAUAAUUAUAUUACAGUACUGCCCAACAGUGAUCAUGGCUUAAAAUUUCCUUUACUAUGUUUCUUUUUGUAAUUAGUGCUACGGGAAGCUGUUUGCACUGUUACAAUCACAUCUUACAACAAGACAGGUCAUUAAAACGUCGGAGUAGCUAUGACCCCUUAGCAAAUGUUACAAUCAAUCAAAUGUAAAAUAGCCAUGAAAUCUUGUGUUGCCAUGAAGUCUUAUUUUCUGUCAUCCUUGAAGUUUUUUGUUUUAACAUCAAGCUGCUUAUAUGGUCACACAGCUCAACUGGUGGCUGAUUUGUAUCUUUAUGUCUUUUUUUUAACCUGCAGGCCUGCUGCUGUGAGUCAGCAGAUGUGGCUCAUUUUAACAAAUAACUUGAAGUCUCUUCUCUCUGCAGUGAAUAACCAAAACUGCAUGCUGUUGAGACUAAAGCAUCUAGAAUACCACUGAUGUCUUAAAAUUGCUGCAUUUUAACAAUGCUAUAAGUCUUUGCUGAUCCAAUUCAAUUUCUGACCGAAUAUCUUGGUGUAAAUGCAGAUCUCCUUCUAUAUCUUUGAGAUAUUUAGCUAAAUUGUUACUUAAUGUGAAGUGCUAAGUUUGAUCUGCAGCUUUGAGAUCAUUCCACUUGGAUUUAGAGGAAAAAAGGGUGUUUGUUAAAACAUUUUUCUUAACAGGGCAUUUAGAAAAUUGAAAUUUAACUUAGCUUUCACCAUGUCUUAAUCACAAAGUAUUUAAUCGAAUUCUUCCCUUCUGAUGGGAUUUAGGAGUGUGAACAGUACUCACCUUUAAACUUCAUGUCUUUAGAGGUUUAGGACUUUGUGGUGCGUUUAACAACCCAAACUUUCAUCUACAACCAACAUUGUUUUUGUAAGAGAGGUUUUAGUCUAUUUAAUGUGUUGAUCUUCAGUCAACUCUGUUGGCAGAGAAACUAAACAAUGUAAAUAAUUAAACAAUAAAGAAAAUUAAAGAUGAA